CAGGCGCAGCCCCAGAGAGAGAGAGAGAGAGAGAGAGAGAGCGCUCCCAGCCGACGGCGCCUCCGCCUCCUCCUCCUCCUCCUCCUCUUUCCUCUCCUUCUCUUCCUCCUCCUCUUUCUCUGUCUCUCCCUCCCUCUCCCUCUCUCCGCCCGCCCCGCCAUGGCUGCCUAGAAGAGCGCGACGCCCUCCCGCCUCCCUCCCUCCUUCUUCCUCCUUCCCUCCUUCCUUCCCCAAACGAUGACCGGCGUCUUCGAGCGAAGAGUCCCCGCCGCCAUCCGAGCCGGAGACUUCCAGGCGCCCUUCUCGACCGCCAUGCACGGCCACCCGCCGCAGGAGUCGCCCACGCUGCCCGAGUCCUCCGCCACCGACGCCGAUUACUACAGCUCCGCGCCCGGAGGAGGAGGAGGCGGAGGAGGCGGAGGAGGAGGCUACUGCUCGCCCUCGACGGCGCCUUACGCCAAAGCCCUCCACCCGUACCAGUACCAGGCCUACCAAGGCAUGAACGGCGCCGCCGGAUACCCGGCCAAAGCCUACGCAGACUACAGCAGCUACGCCAGCCCUUACCACCAGUACGGAGGGGCGUACAGCCGGGCUCAGAGCGCCACAAGCCAGCCAGAAAAAGACGUGGCGGAGCCGGAGGUGCGGAUGGUGAACGGCAAACCAAAGAAAGUCCGCAAACCGCGGACGAUUUACUCCAGUUUCCAGCUGGCGGCUUUGCAGCGGCGGUUCCAGAAAACCCAGUAUCUGGCCCUGCCGGAAAGAGCCGAGCUGGCGGCCUCCUUGGGACUCACGCAGACGCAGGUGAAGAUCUGGUUCCAGAACAAGCGGUCCAAGAUCAAGAAGAUCAUGAAGAACGGGGAGAUGCCCCCGGAGCACAGCCCCAGCGCCAGCGACCCCAUGGCCUGCAACUCCCCGCAGUCCCCGGCGGUGUGGGACUCGCAGGGCAGCGGUCGGUCCCUGAGCCACCACCCCCACGCGGGACAGGGACACGGGCCCGCCUCCCACCCUUCCCCGGCCUCCAGCUUCCUGGAGAACUCGGCCUCGUGGUACUCCAGCGGGAACGCCCUCAACGCCCACCUCCAGCCCCACACUUCGCUACAACACCCCUUAGCUUUGGCCACCGGGACAAUUUAUUAGAACCGGGCCCUUUGUUAUUAUUAUUUUUUAAAAACCCUAAUAAGAAUCACAGCAACGUCGUUCCUUCUUCGGCCCCCUUUUGCUCUUCACUUUGGGACUUUGAUGAUUAUUCUCCUAGAAGGAGGAAGAAAAAAAAGAUAUUGCAAAAGGGAGGGACUUUAUGAAGGAGCCUAUACAGGAGGAUGACUUGUGUAACGCUUGUGCAUGUAACUUAUUGCAUUUCAAAGGAAACGUUCCAAUCCCCGCCUACUUUUUUUUAAAACGGACUUCUGGGUGGUUGUUUUCUUGUUUUGGUUUCAUUUUGGGGUGUUUUUUUGUUGUUGUUCUUGUUGUUGGAAUUUUUUUUUAUCAGCCGUGGACACUUUUCAAAGGUGCCUUGAAAUCUUCUCGACCUCAAAAACUUUUUUUCCCAGAGACUUUUUUUUCUCUCUCUCCCCACCCCCACCCCCUUCAAAAUGUCAUUUUCAACCCUGUACAUACCUGUAGAUAGAGGAAUUAAAUGUAUAUUCUGAAUAAAAUAAAAUUAUUUCCAACAACGGAACAGGAAAAGAAAGGAAAGAAAAAGAGAAUACAAACAAAUAUAUUUGAGAAUGGUUUCCA